AUGGUCACCAUAGCACCCGGGCCUCAGGUGGUCACAUCCGCCAAUGAGCGACACAACACUCCAAAAUCAGCGCUGAAUACCCACCCUUCAAGCCAGGUAUUGAAAGAUCUUGAAGGCCAAACGGUGGAUGAGGCAGAAAAGUCUACAAGUACCGCCAAGCAAUCAGCCUUCAAAAGUCUUGGCUGGCUGGACCGGUUUCUAGCAAUAUGGAUCUUCCUCGCAAUGGCCAUUGGGAUUAUUCUGGGAAAUUUCGUGGAAAAUACAGGGCCUGCCCUGCAGAAAGGGAAGUUCGUGGGAGUUUCCAUACCAAUUGCAAUCGGUCUUUUGGUCAUGAUGUACCCAAUACUUUGCAAAGUACGAUUUGAAUCUCUGCACCAUGUUUUCCGGGACCGAAGAGUUUGGAUUCAGCUUCUAUUCAGCAUCUUUAUCAACUGGAUAAUUGCCCCGUUCUUAAUGCUGGCUCUAGCAUGGGCUUUUCUCCCAGACGAGCCUGAGCUUCGAGAAGGGCUCAUUCUUGUUGGACUGGCGAGAUGUAUAGCAAUGGUCCUUAUCUGGACUAGCCUUGCUGGUGGUGAUAAUGAAUACUGUGCUAUUCUUGUUGCUAUCAACUCGCUACUGCAGAUGGUAUUAUUUGCACCAUAUGCUGUCUUUUUUAUUAAAAUUAUCAGUCACUCAGGAACCCACAUCUCACUCUCUUAUUCCGUUGCUGCAAAAAGUGUGGCAGUGUUUCUGGGUAUCCCAUUGGGCGCAGCAAUAAUCACCCGUCUCUUUCUUCGGAAUAUGGCCAGCCCGCGCUGGUAUGAUCAGGUAUUUCUAAAGUGGGCGGGCCCUUGGUCUCUUAUUGGACUGCUCUUUACGAUUCUCGUCUUGUUCGCAUCCCAGGGACACCAAGUUGUGCAUCAAAUUGUAUCAGUGAUUCGGGUCGCUGCUCCGUUGAUUGUUUACUUCGUCAUCGUCUUCUUCGCUACUCUUCUUGCGGCGUAUAAGUUCGGUUUUGGCUAUAAGUUGGCUACAACUCAGAGCCUCACGGCAGCCAGCAAUAACUUUGAGCUUGCGAUUGCUGUUGCUGUCGCAACUUUCGGGGCCAACAGUAAUCAAGCACUUGCUGCGACCGUUGGCCCGUUGAUAGAGGUUCCUGUCCUUCUCGGUCUUGUCUAUGUCGUUAAAUUUAUAGCCAAACGAGCUGGUUGGAGGGACUAA